AUGCAGAUAGAUCCACAGUGUAUGCGGCGUGGGAUGGCACCAGAAACUGUGAAUCACACUUCAUUUGAGUGUCCGCCGGCAUUACAAGUUUGGAAAUUAUCUCCGAUUCCAACGGCACCUGCCCAUUUUCCAACAUGGGGCCUGUUUACAAAUAUGACACAAUUGUUUUGGCAUUUACCAAAUGACGAUAGGAUGUGGAUGUACCCUUGGUUGAUUUGGUAUAUUUGGAAAGCCCGUAAUGAUAAGGUUAUGGCUAAUGUGGACUGUGACCCUAAUGAGAUAAUUGUUAAAGCAGAAGCGGAGUCCAUAGCAUGGAUGAAGGCCCAAAAACGUCUAGAGACGGUACAUUCCCACACGGAAAACCCUCAUGGAAAUAUCGGCGUCACGCGACAUAUGUCAGGUGCAUGGGGCUUGGAAGGAAACAAAGUGUCAAACGGGUCUAGGAUGACAGAGCUGGAGGUUCUUAUUUGGGCUAUGCAAUGUAUGCUAAGGAAUGGAAAAUUAACAAUGGUGUUUCAGACGGACUGUUCCGAUGUGGUUAAGAUGGUGUCUAAACCAGAGGAGUGGUCGGCUUUCUCACUACUCCUCGACGAGGUCGACAGAUGCAAGAGGAGAUUCAGUUCUUUCUCCAUCAUGCAUAUACCAAGAACGAAAAACACGAAGGCAGACAAGUUAGCACAUAGUGCUCGAGCUCUAUCUACUGAUGUGUACUAUGUAAAUUCUGUUUCAUCAGUUUGGAUUUUCGAGCUGUUCUAG